CCAACUAACCUCACGACGGCUGUUUCUAUGUGCUAGAGCGAGAGCGACUGAUGUUUUCACUCUGUUGCCCUUACAGACCUAAUGGACGAGGCGAAUUGAUGGAAAUAAAAUAUGAGAAUGUGUUAGUGCGUUUGUCCGUACCUUUGAACAUAUGAGCCAAAGAAGAAGAACAAGAAAGGAGAAGUUUGGUAAAAAGAACUUUGUUUACCAUUCUGCUUCGGUAUUUUGGACAGUGAAGAACUAAAUCUGGUGCUCAAAUAUAAUUGUUACAGUGUAAUAAAGGUGUGUUAGGUGCGGGAACAAUAACCAAAACAAAAAUAAGUGAUUUUAUAAUAAAUUAAUAAAUAAUUAAAGCAUGGAUGCUCAGCAAGUGCGUCGCAGUAAACAGUACUACCGGCGUAAAGCCAAAAUAGCGGCAGUUAUGCGUACAAGGGAAUGUACAUGUCAGUGCACUUGUGUGGAUGGUUUACCUACUUCUGUGAAUGAGCCUAGAAUCGAAGCAGCUGCUUCAAGUGAUGCUGAACCUUAUCCUUUCUCUGAUGAGUCGGGCGCCAUUGAAGAGAACGCGGACAUUCCACUGGAUGAUGUGGUAUCAGAUGACGACGACGAUGACGAUAUCAACACCGAAGAAUCUUUAGAGUUUGAUUUUAGUCAACGCUCCAUGGAAGCCUGCUUGCAAUUUUGGGCUUUAAAAACAAACACGCCUCAUACAUCGAUCAACAUGAUAUUGAGAAUCAUCCGAGAAAAAACUUCUUGCGUUGUGCCGAAGGAUGCUCGUACUCUGUUACACACUAGCAGGGUACCAAAAGAAAUUGUUGCUGUUGAAGGGGGUCGUUUUUGGUACAAUGGAGUUGCUAACUGCCUCAAUAUCCGAUUCAGUGGAAAUCAACUAGGAAACGUUACCGAGCUUAAGCUAAAAUUCUUUGUCGACGGAUUGCCUCUACACAGAAGCAGUGAAACCACAUUUUGGCCGAUUUUAAUGUCUAUCGAGGAUAUGCCCCACAUACCACCUAUGGCAGUGGCUAUAUUCUACGGGUCAUCGAAGCCGGGUUCAGUAGAACAAAUUUUGCGGCCUUUAGUAGAGGAAUUAAAUUUGCUGCUCGUGCAGGGUAUACGUCUUGGUGUACAGCAAACGCUGGUGAGGCUAAAAGUUUUGGCAUUUGUGGCAGAUUCACCUGCUCGUAGCUUUAUAAAAGCGUGCGUUAGCUGCAACGCCGGAGAAGGGUGUAUGAAAUGUAAGGUUAACGGACGUCGCCAUCCGAGAUCAAGGGCCGUUACAUAUUCGGGAAUCAACCAUCCACCCCGCACGGACGCUGAGUUUAGGCAGGGAAUUUACGUUGGACAUAGAGUAGGCAAUUCACCACUCUUAGAUUUAGGAUGUUUUGAUAUAGUGAAGGACGUGUUAGUCGGUGAUAAACUUCACUUGAUAGAUCUAGGAGUUACUCGUAAACUAUUACAGGGAUGGGUGUAUGGCAUGAGGGGAGCAAUCAAAUGGUCCGAUCAAACUUUCUUGCGCAUUUCUAGUUUUUUGAAAAGCAUUACUCUUCCUUCUGAAGUGAAUCGCAAGCUACGUGGUUUAGAUGAUUUGAAAUAUUGGAAAGGAUCUGAGUUAAGCAGUUUUUUGCUUUAUGCCAGCAUUGUAGUCCUCAGAGGUAACAUAUCAGCUGAAGCAUAUCAGCAUUUUAUGUUAUAUUUUGUUGCAAUAACGCUGUUGUCUUCAAAUGUGUAUAAAGAUCUUUGGGACGAUGCUUCUGACAUGCUUAGCGAUUUCGUUUCGAAUUAUGAUGAAAUUUACGGAGAAGGUUUCAUUAGUAGUAACGUGCAUAAUCUGCUGCAUGUAACUGAAGAAGUUAAACGUUUUGGACCUCUUAAUACAAUGUCUACUUAUCCCUUUGAAAACGCUCUCCAACACAUGAAGGGUAUGCUUAGAAACGGACAUAGAUGCUUAGAGCAAACAGUGAACAGGUACUCUGAGUUCGAACAGUUAAACUUUCCUAAAAAGACACCGGCUAAUGAAACGACUUUGAAGGGAUCAGGUGACAAUGUUGUUGUAACCAUGCCGGACUUUAUUUUAAAAUCUAAUAAUCGCGACGGCUGGUUUCUUUCGCCAGAAAAAGAGGUAAUUAGAUUUUUUUCUGCAGAUAAAUCGUCCGGAACUAUAAAAAUUAUCGGUAGAAAGUUGAUUGAUCCGGAGGAAUAUUUCGAUGAUCCUGUGUCAUCAGGGGUGAUCAAUAUUUGUAAGGGUAAAAUUUCAAAUUUAUCUCCUAACUCAAUCGAAUAUGAACUAUCUGACAUCAAGGCUAAGAUGGUUGCCAUCAAAUUAGACAACGAGGGACAUACGAUGUUUGCCCCACUUGUUCACACGCUAAUAGAUUAGGUUUAGGCUAAGGUAGCUUUGGCAAAAUAAUUAUUUUUACUUCAUGUUUUGUAAUAAACAUUUUAUUAAUGAUUAAA